AUGUCUGCCCCUUCGAUCACCAACUACAUUGUCAAGCGCCCAUGGCUCAAGCGCUGGAUGACCCCCAUCGCCCAGUGGUUCGAUGACCUGAUCCCCGAGGAGAGCGAGACCGUCCAGAAGGCCAUCAAGCGUCUGUCUUCCAAGGAGGCCUACGACCGUGUGUUCCGUAUCCGCCGUGCCGUCCAGUGCUCUAUCUCUCACACCCUCCUCCCCCCUCAUGAGCAGACCAAGCCCGAGGAGGACGUCGAGUACCUCAGCCCCAUCAUCCGCGAGAUCGAGAAGGAGGCCAAGGAGCGUGCGGACCUCGACAACCUCGUUGUCCGCAAGUAA